UCUCACAGCUGUCAACCCAAUAUGAUUUAAUUGACAGCUCUAAAUUAUAUAGAUGGCGCUAAGCACAUAUUUUAAUUCAGUUAAUUAAAUUCAUUGAAUAUUGUAUUUAUACAAAUAUUUUAUGUUCAUUUUUUAUAAACAAGGAUAACUGAAAUACUUCCAGACUGAUCUGGCCAUAUAGUUUUCGAAGAUUAUUAAAUCCCGAAUUCGUAGUUCAACAAUCACCUGCUUCUUCACUUCUAUUAAAGAUAACUUGUAUAUUUAACAUCAGAAUUGUUAAUUGACAAUUUUUAAUUAAAUUUAAAGAAUUAAUUAGAUUAAAAUGACACUUUACCAUUUUGGAAAUUGUGUAGCACUCGUUUAUGUGCCAUAUUAUCUCACCUAUAAGUAUUCUGGGCUUUCUGAAUACGGCGCCUUCUGGAAAUGUAUACAAGCAGGUGGUAUUUAUAUUUUCACUCAACUUUGCAAAAUGCUUGUGCUGGCUACGUUUUUCGAUUCCGACACUCUGAAUGGUUCCGGGGAAGGCUUCUGUUUCUUAGCGGAGUUGCUUAAGAGCAGUGUCAAUGUAGCCGAUUUACUUGGCUUUGCUUUGAUACUUUCACGUAUACCAGGCAAAGGACACAAUAAAUUGAUAACGACCGGCUUAGGUUGGGCCGCCGCAGAAGUUAUACUUUCUCGUGGUAUUAUGCUUUGGGUUGGAGCACGUGGCACAGAAUUCAGCUGGAUUUACAUACUUAAAUGCCUAGAGUCUAAUGUUUUAUUGGUGCAGCAUAUCACAACCGCCACAUUGAUGUGGCUUUUCUCUAGACAUGAUCUUAACAAAACACUAAAACCGUUAGUGACCAUUUUAUUAGCGCUGACAAUAUUUAAAGGUGUUUGGCUUGAAGGACUCCUUAGUGUGCUUACCUUCGGACCUUGGUCGACAAUUGCUGUAAAAGCGCUGAUUGCUUCUAUCAUGGGAUUUAUGUCUCUUCAUAUUUAUACAGGAUUAGCUCAGCAAAUAGGCAUUUAAGGUAUUCGAAGAGACAACACUGCAAUCGGUUGCGUGCAUCACACCCAUUUCUACACGCACAGGACUAAUCAAACAAACCGUUAAGUUCGCAUUAUGAACAAUAUCAGCUAAGCUUCAAUCUAAUCUUACCUUAAUUCGUUAACAUUACUGUCAUCGCAAUUAUUUUUUAGAGCUGGCAUGAAUAGGCUGCUAGUUUCGUGUUCUACAACAGCGCUACGUGCGAUCUCGAUUUCGGGGAUUUCAACAACUUCUUGCAGUUCUAGAAGUAGUGCAAAUAAUUUUGUGCUUAACAUAAGUAUGUACAUAUAUACGUAUGUACGUAUUUAUCAUAUUUACCAUCAUUAUUUUUUGGUUUUUUCUCAUAAACGCCAAGCUUAUCUGCAGCCUAAAUUGUUUAAAAUGGAUUAAAUAAAUACAUAUACAAAUUUUCAU